GGCGCUGCACAUGCGAUGACAGCGCCCACACCCCGGGGGUCCCAGCCCUGCGUCCCGCAUGCCCGGGAAAACAUGGAGCGCCCAGAGCCCGAGCUGAUCCGGCAAAGCUGGCGGGCAGUGAGCCGCAGCCCGCUGGAGCACGGCACCGUCCUGUUCGCCAGGCUAUUUGCCCUGGAGCCCGGCCUGCUGCCCCUCUUCCAGUACAACGGCUGCCAGUUCUCCAGCCCCGAAGACUGCCUUUCCUCUCCAGAGUUUCUGGACCAUAUCAGGAAGGUGAUGCUUGUGAUCGACGCUGCGGUGACCAAUGUGGAGGACCUGUCCUCGCUGGAGGAGUACCUCGCUGGCUUGGGCAAGAAGCACCGGGCAGUGGGUGUGAAGCUCAGCUCCUUCUCGACGGUGGGCGAGUCACUGCUGUACAUGCUGGAGAGGUGCCUGGGCCCCUCCUUCACACCAGCCACACGGGCCGCCUGGAGCCAGCUGUACGGGGCCGUGGUGCAGGCCAUGAGUCGAGGCUGGGACGGCGAGUAAGAGAUGACCCCUGCCCGGCAGCCCCCAGCUGUCUGUGUCUGUCUGUCUGCCUGUGUCCUAUGUAGCCCGGGUUCCCAUAGGCCUCUGCAUCUUGUCCCCUGGUCUUUCUGGAGAGGCAAUACAGCAGAGCUAGGUCUCACCUCCUCCCACCCCAGGACUGCAGAAGGAACUUCUGGGUGCCCUCAUCCCCACAGCUUUUUUCCUGCCUGCCUUUGUACCUCACUGCCAUCCCCAGUGCCCACAAAGAGGCACAGGUGGCAUGGUACUG